GUUGUCGAGAUGUAUAUUUCGAGCAAAGACAAACUUGGGUAUAUAAACGGCGAUCUCUCUCAACCUCCUCCGACAGACUCUACCUUUAGAUGAUGGCGCACAAGCAAUGCUAUUGUUAAAAGUUGGUUGAUUAAUUCCAUAGAUUCCUCCCUUAUUAGUAACUUCAUUCGAUUUCCGACAACUAAGAUGGUCUGGGAUGCAAUUGCCAUUACGUAUUAUGACGGCAGCAACACCUCCUAGAUGUAUGACCUUCAGUGACGUGUAACCCGCCUCAAAUAGGCCGGCAGCUCCCUUGAAAAAUUCUAUAAUGAUCUCCAAGUCCUUUGGCGUGAAAUAGACUUUCGCCGCCCAAACCCAAUGGAAUGCCCAACCGAUAUUCAACAUUACAAUACUCUAGUUCAAGAAGAUUGGGUAUAUUUGUUCUUGGGUGGUCUUGAUGACCACCUAGACCAUAUCCGAAGUGAUGUCUUGUAGAUAAAACCAUUCCCAAUAGUGGAGCAAGCCUAUGCACACGUCCGUAGGGAAGCUCUUCGUCAAGUGGUGAUGACGACUAGUAGCUCCGAUGAUACACCAGGAGCGCUUCUGGUGUCCAAGAGCUUCAAACAUGACUCACAUCCUCCAGCACCCUUUGGGUCUCUUUCUCUACAUGGUGGCAAAUUCGGUUCCAACUCCAAAUCCCGAGCCACCCCCGAUGGAACUAAAUGCUCUCACUGUGGGAAUACAAAGCAUACCCGUGAGACCUGCUUCAAGCUACCCGGAUAUCCCGAUUGGUGGCACGACCGCCUGGCUCAGAAGCGCCGUAAUGUAGUUGGGAAUGAUGAAGGCACAGGCAAGGCUGCGGUGGCUGCAGCAGAACCACAUAUUUCCCUCAUUCCAGCCGAUAGUUCAAAUUCUAACUCAGGGGGAGACACGAGAAGAAGAGUUGAAUUGGUUGACAUUUGACAGGUUCAAGGACACUGAUACAAUGCCUAAUGAUCCUCAAUCAAUCAUUGAAGAAUCUAAUCUAGAGCCAACAUUUCCAAAAGCUGAAGUAGCAAUACCCCCCACUCCUCAAUAUCCAACGACCCAUCUCCUGAGAAUACCAUUGAGGUAAGCUCUCCUCUCACACCUUACAUUUCUAAUGAAGUGGAUACUCUUGUUGGCUAUGAAUUACCUUUCAGGUACAAUCGGGGCAAACCACUGAACAACUCUUCUCCAUAAAUGGAGGAACAAAGAUUGAAAUAUCCUAUUGCGAAUUAUGUCUCUACGAAGGGGCUGUCCGAACCCCUCAAGAACUUUGUGAAUGAACUCUCCUCACACAAUAUUCCCACAAGUGUUGAUGAAACUCUAAAAGAUCCUAGGUGAGUUCAAGCUAUGAACGAAGAAAUGGAGGCAUUUAAAAAAAAUGAGACGUGGAUUCUUGUUCCCUUACCUGAAGGACAAAAAAUAGUGGGGUGUAAAUGAGUAUUCUCCAUCAAGUACAAAGUCAAUGGAUCAGUUGAACAGUACAAAGCAAUACUGGUAGCAUAGGGCUAUACGCAGACAUAUAGCAUAGACUAUCAAGAGAUGUUCUCACCGGUGGCCAAGUUGAGUACUGUCAAGGUUUUGCUAUAUCUUGCAGCGAACCUUGAUUGACCAUUGCACUAGUUUGACGUUAAAAAUGCCUUUCUCCAUAGAGAUCUUAAAGAAGAAAUAUACAUGGAUGUUCCUCCAGGGCAUAUGACAUACUCUAAAGCUAAGAUUGUGUGCAAGCUACAAUGAACUUUGUACGACUUAAAGUAAUCUCCUAGUACGUGGUUUAGGUGAUUGAGCUUGGCAAUGAGGAAAUAUGGUUUUCAACAAAGCAACUCAUAUCAUACACUAUUCUUAAAGCGUCAACAGGGCAAGAUAAUAGCUUUGAUAGUCUAUGUAGACGAUAUGAUCAUUACAGGAGAUGACCCAGAAAAAUAGCAAGACUUCAAGAGCAAUUGGCGAUAGAAUUUGAGAUGAAAAAUCUAUGAGGACUCAAAUAUUUUCUGGGAAUGGAAGUUGCUUGGUCUAAGCGAGCCAUAUUCCUUUCCCAAAGAAAAUAUAUCCUAGAUUUAUUAUCUGAAGUUGGGAUUCCUGGAUUGUAAGCCUGCGAAUACACCAAUAAUCCAAAAUCACAAGCUUGGAGAAUAUCCAGACCAAGUGCCAACAGACAAAGGAAGGUACUAGAGAUUGGUUGGGAAACUUAUUUAUCUCUGCCAUACACGACCUGACAUCGCCUAUGCAGUGAGUGUAGUAAGCCAAUACAUGCAUUGUCCAAGUGAAGAUCAUAUGAAUGCGGUGAUUCGAAUUCGCCAUUACCUAAAGUCCUCCCCUUUAAAAGGACUUAUGCUCUCAAGAAACAAUCACUUAAGGGAAGGUUAUACAGAUGCUGACUGGGCAGGGAAUAUUUUAGAUAGAAAAUCGACCUUAGGCUAUUUCAAAUUUGUUGGAGGGAACUUGGUUACAUGGAAAGGUAAGAAGCAAAAGGUGGUAGCAUUAUCAAGUACUGAAGCCGAGUUUUGUGGGAUGGCUAAGGGUUUGUAUGACCUUCUCUGGCUUCGAAGACUAUUAACCGAAAUUGGCUUUACCCCAAGCUGUAAGAUAGACUUAUUUUGUGAUAACAAUGAUGCUAUUGACAUUUCUCAUAAUCCAGUCCAGCAUGAUCGGACCAAACAUGUGGAAGUAAAUCGACACUUCAUCAAACAAAAUCUUGAGGCCAAGACAAUUUUCCGUUCGUUAAGUAUGAAGACCAAUUGGCAGAUAUACUUCAAAAGUUGUAUGCAGUAAGAGCUUCUACAACUCGCUUGGCAAGUUGGGCAUUAGAGAUCUAUAUGCACCAACUUGAGGGGGUGUUGGCGUGAGUUGUCCUCCGAGAGAUUAUAGGAGGGAUUUUCUAGAUAUAAAUCCCUUAAUUAUAGGGUCAUCUCUUAAAUUUAGCCAUGAUAUAUGUAUAGCCAAAUAUAGAUGAGUUUCUUUGUUAUAUACCCAUUCAUCCUUGUAAAAAAGAUAUAUCGAAUAUAUGAAAUUUUCAUAUAUUUUGUCAA